AUGGGUUUUACUAAAGAAGAACAGUAUUCGUCCGAUGAUGAACCUCUUGAUAUAAAUACAGUAAAUGAUAGUGAUUUUGAUGAUGAUGAAGAGGAGGAUAUGAAGAGCAAAGUUUUCAGUUUCAAACCUAAAGUACGAGGAUCAGCCAAUAACUUGGAGGAUUUAGAUGAACCAUCCGAUAAUGAUGAUGGUCUUGAUGAAGCAUCUGAUGAUGACAAUAAAGAUGACAGCGUCUAUGAUAAUGAAGAAGUUGCAAAUGUGCAAGAUUCAGAGUUGAACGUUUCAGGUGGCGAUGAACCAAAACCCAAAAAGAAUAAGAAAUUAAAGAAGUUAACAUCUAAGGAACUCGAAAAAGAGCAAAAAAGAAUAAGAAAAACUGGUGUUUGUUAUCUAUCUAAAAUACCUCCAUAUAUGAAGCCUUCAAAAUUGAGAUCUGUCUUGUCAAGGUUUGGAGCUAUUGACCGUUUGUUUUUAAAGCCCGAGGAUAUUGCAGUAUACCACAAACGUGUAAAGUAUGGUGGAAAUAAGAAGAAGAAUUUCACUGAAGGUUGGGUUGAGUUUGUUAGUAAAAGUGAUGCAAAGUUAUGUGCGGCCACAUUAAAUGGGAAUAAGCUUGGUGGUAAGAAGACUUCUUACUAUUACGAUGAUGUUAUGAAUAUAAAAUAUUUGCAUGGAUUUAAAUGGCUCGAUUUAACUCAACAAAUUGCAAGAGAGAAUGAAGCCAGAGAAGCCAAACUUGCAAUGGAAUUAUCACAGCAGCAAAAACUUAACAAGUCAUUUAUACAUAAUGUUGAAAAAUCGAAGAUGAUCACCAAUAUUCAAAGGAAAAGACUGGCAAAACAACAGGAUUCUAAGCAAGAAGAAGAUGAAAUUAGAAGAAAUUUUAAGCAAAGAAAGGUUGCAAGUACACGUAGUGCUGCAAAGGAGGAAUUGAAGGAGAAAUCGAAACCAAACGAGAAAUUAAAUGAUAUUUUAUCAAAAGUGUUCUAA